CAACUUCUGCCCCUAACUGGUUACACUAAGCUGUUCUCAGCUGAGAUGCCAGAUAAAACACCAGAGGGUAAAGAAAGCUUAUCCAGUAGUGAAGAUGGCUACCAUUUGCCUCUUGAGGUGUUGCCUCCUGUGAUGGUGGGCACAACCUCCAAGACAACUGGGGAAAACCUACAUGAAGACAGCCACUUCCACUACUGUGGGAUCAAGACCAUGGAACUGUUGGACAGUGACCGUCCUGUUAGCUUCAGCUCUACUUCAUCCUCAGCAUCCUCCCGGGAUAGCCAUUGUUCCUUUGGUAGCAGAACAACAUUAGUUUCAAACAGUCAUCUGGGCUUAUUCAACCAGGAUAAGGAAGCAGGGGCCAUAAAACUAGAAUUAAGUCCAGCCUUGCGAUUUUCCAGCAAAGAACUUGGAAAAAAUAGGCCUAUCAAAGAACAACAGGCCUCUGGUGGAAGUCUUGGGAGAAGGCCAAGUAUGUCACACAAAGCUGAAUUAAAGGAAAGUAGCAAAAAUUGUGUCAUGUCUUUGAUUACGGAGCCUACUAGUCCAAAACUUCUGUAUGUGGACAGAGUGGUCCAAGAAAUUCUGGAGACUGAGCAGACAUAUGUGCAGGAUUUAAAAAGUAUUGUGAAGGAUUACCUUGACUGUAUCACUAACCAAUCCAAGCUUUCUUUGGGGACAGAGGAACGAUCAGCAUUGUUUGGAAACAUAAAAGAUAUCUACCAUUUCAAUAGUGAACUUUUACAAGACUUGGAAAACUGUGACAGUGACCCAGUAGCUAUAGCAGAAUGUUUUGUAUCUAAGAGUGAAGAUUUCCACAUAUACACACAGUAUUGUACCAAUUAUCCAAGGUAGGAGUGGUCAGUGUCUGUACUAACAGAAUGCAUGAGGAACAAAUCCCUGGCCAAGUUUUUCAGAGAAAGACAAGAGGCUUUACAGCUUCUCUACCCUGGAUCCUAUCUCUUAAAACCUGUCCAGAGAAUACUCAAGUAUCACCUGCUUUUACACGUAUAUAGAAACCAUCUUGACAAGGAACACUGAAGGCUAAUGAUUGUGGUUUUAGAUGCCCAUGAUACAAUGCAGAGGUUCGCAUGGCAUAUUAAUGACAUGAAGAGGAAACAUGAACAUUGCUAUCCGACUGCAGGUGAAUACCAAAGCUUACUGACUAACUGGAAAGGACCAGACCUUGCUAGUUAUGGAGAGCUGGUUUUAGAAGGAACCUUCCGCAUCAUAAGAGAAAAUGAGCGCACUUUGUUCCUCUUUGACAAACGCUGCUUAUUACUGAGAAAGAGGAAAUGGGUGUUUGCCUACAAAGCUCAUAUCUUGUGUGGCAAUCUCUGCUGUGGAAGUGUGAUACCAAAGGAACCACUAGCUUUAGUGGUUUUCUACUACAAAAUCCCAAAGAUACAGCAUACAGUUCAGGCUAAAUCCCAGCAAGAGAAGCGCAUUUGGAUUCUUCAUUUGAAGAGAUUAAUCCUGGAAAACCACCCUGCCAAAAUCCCAGCUAAGGCCAAGCAAGCAAUUCUUGAAAUGGAUGCUAUCUAUCACCCAGGAUUCCAUUACACCCAAGAAGGAGAAUUGAAAGCAUCGAAAGAAGGGAUCACCCAGCAGAGGGUGAGAAGGAAGUCAGAACCUUCAUCCAGAUCACAUAAAAUCAUAAAAUCAAGUGAAAUGGAUCCAGACAUACAAAAGCGAAUCAGCAUAGAAGGAGCUCUGCUGUCUCAAGCUGAAGCUCUCCUUAGUCCCAGGAAAAAAGUUUCACUGAAACACAAACCGCUGGAUUCCAGUGAUGCGGCCUACAGUAGCGAUCAGGAGGAUCAUACACUCACAGUUUCUACAGAUCAGACAGAUGCUGAUGAUGAGGAAGAAACUGAACAGUGCAUACAACAACAUUCACAACAGAAACAAAAAGGAGGCCGCAAAAGACUGAACAGUCAAAUUGCUGAAAAUUUUGAGAAACGAAGAAGUGUUAAUCUCAGCAAAUGUGAAAGUCAGAACUCCCAGAAGCCUGCAGGUGAAGCAUCUUCCCAGGUGAAAUCAAAGCUUUCAUUCUCUUGUAGUGGAAAUGACCAAUCAUCUCAACAGUUGAUGCCACAAACCAGCUCACUCAUGGCAAAUAUCUUUGGGAGAACAUCUGCAGUGAGAAACAUAUGGACAGACCACCAGAUUCGUCAGGCCUUGUUUCCAAGCAGACACCCUCUGCAAGAGAAUGUGGAGGAUGAAGAUGAUUAUCAGAUGUUUGUGCCAUCUGAGUCUACAUCAAAUUUAGCUUCCAUUGCAUGUGAAGAAAGGAUCUCUUCAGGCCGCCCUUGCAGCUGGCAUGUAGGACUAGACCACCAAAGUGACAGUUCUAGCUCUACUUCUCACAGGAUUGUGAGACGAGCUAGCAGUGCUGGUGAAAGUAAAACUUCUCCAUUUAGCUCAAGAUAUAGAAAAAGUGACUUUGGUCAAAAUGCUUCUUGGCAUGAAAUGAAAAGUUCUAGGAGUGACAUGGAUAAUCUGCAGGUGUACCCAGAAUCUUCAGAAGAGCUGACUAUUGAUGACAUAGAUCACAUCUAUGACAAUAUAAGCUUUGAAGAUUUGAAACUAAUGGGGCUGGCUCGAAGGGAAGAGUCGGAUCGUUCUCCACAAGGGUCAGCUAAAGACUCACUUUAUGAGACACAAGACCAAGACAUUACUUGCAUGAAAAGACACAUACCUCAAAACAAGACCUCCAUCCCUUCUAAGAUAAAUGAAACAAUUCCCAGGAGGAGCACCCCUCCUGUGAGUUCUCAUGAAUUAAAGAUCAGCGAAGAGAAUGUCUAUGAUACCAUAGUCCUCCCAGAGCCAUCUCUGCUGGAUUUCAAGUGUAAUCGUUUGAAGUGCUCCAAAAAGCGAGGCUUUCUGGGUCUAGAAACAGACUUUGCAUGCUGUGACCACCUCCAAAAAUUUGUUUCUGAAGAAAGCCUCCAGUUCAGUGAAGAUGAAAAUCCAUAUCAUUAUGUUCCUUUAGAUCAUGACUACUUGAGCUUGCUGGAUAGCUCCUCAAAUUCUGAUUCUCACUCUCACAAGUCUGUUGCAGAUAAAUUAUCAGAAGAAGUAGAUGAAAUCUGGAAUGACCUGGAGAAUUACAUUAAGAAGAAUGAAGAAAAGACACGAGAUCAUGUCCUUGCAGCUUUUCCUGUCUGCAAAGAUGACCGUGACAGUAACACAUCCACUGGAACUACUUGUGAAUUAAAUAAAAAUGAGGAAUAUUCACUGGCAGAAACACCUGUUUUCCCCAAAACCUUGCCCAGCAAGGUAGCCAGGUUAAGUGAUGCCAAUCUUAGGUCUGAAGAGGCAGCAUCAUGCAAAGCAAACUCACGGAUAAGUCUGAACAGAUCUUCACUCUCUGAGAUAGCAUUUGUAAACAGCCUUUACGAAACUGCUAAUAGCAUUUUAUGUGGUGCAAAUGUAGAGAAUGUUGACAAUGAAAUGGAUGCUGUAGAUAAGACGAAGAACCGGGUCUUCAUGAUGGCAAGACAGUACAGCCAAAAAAUUAAGAAGGCAAAUCAGCUUUUGAAAGUAAAAAGCCCAGAGCAAGAGCAAUUUCUGACCCGGCAGCAGAAAUCAAAACAUAAAGACCUAGCAGCUAUUUUGGAAGAGAAGAAACAAGGUGGUCCUGCCAUUGGUGCCAGAAUUGCUGAGUAUUCCCAACUCUAUGAUCAAAUUGUUUUCCGUGAGACUUCACCUAAAACACAAAAAAUCAGUUCUCAGGAACCAUCAACCAUUAGGUAUUCUUCACCAGUGCCGACAUCUCAGUUAGCUGCUGAACACUUAAGAGCAGAAGACUGGUUACUGCAUUCCACUUACAGUAAUGGAGAACUCUCUGAUUUUUCUCCUUGGCUUGAGGUCCCUUGCCUGAAGUCCAAAAACUCCCCUUCAGAGACGAGCUCCCCAAAACAGAGCACAAGGAAUUUGCCAACAGCCUGUUCAGUGCCUUCCCUUCAGACUCCUCUUCACCCUCAUGUUCCUGCACAAAGAUGGAGUGCCAUUAUAAGUCAGCCUAACAAAGAGAAUUUGUACCACAGUCAUAUUUAUAACUCUUUGGGGAGGAGAGAAAACAGCACCAAGUCACAGAUGUACAGCAGGUCACAGUCAUCAUCUUCAAUUGUGUUCACUAAGUCUGGAGACUCUAUAAAUUAUCCACCUGAGAUGGAAAAGAAGGACCUGCAUUCAAACAGGAACUCUUUUUCUGAUCACCGGCAAGAAUCAGCAUCAGGUGCCACUGUGGGCCUUUCCUCAUGUGAUGGGACAAAACAGACUCCUGAGAAUUUUUCAGAAAUGAUUCUGCAAGACUCCCAAAAAGUUCUAAGGGUGAAUAGAAACUUGCUCUCAAAUGCACAAAUAGCCACACAGAACUAUUUUUCUAAUUUCAAAGACACUGAUGACGGGGAAGGGGAUGAUGAUGACUAUGUUGAAAUCAAAUCUGAAGAUGAGGGAUCUAAUUUGGAGAUGUUCCAGAACCAAACAAGACUUUCAGAUCCAAAGAUAAAUCCAUAUUUUUCUUCAGAAACCCAAAGUGGUAAAAAUACAUCUGAACCUCUCAAUAAGCCAUCAGACUCUUUCUUGAACACAUGUGGUGAUUCAGAUAAAUUAAAUGACUAUCUAUGGAGAGUGCCAUCUCCAAAUCAGCAAAACAUUGUUCAGUCUUUAAGGGAAAAAUUUCAGUGUCUUAGUUCAAGUAGCUUUGCUUGAUAUGUAUAUAUAUAUUUUAAAUGCCUGAUUGUUUUGCCUUAAUGCUGACAAAGAUGAAAGUCAGUACUUGUAAAAUAUAUUGUAAUGUAUGUUGUUGUUUUAAACUACCAUCUGCUGAAAAAGUUAAAAGUGACCUGGUUUUGCACUGUCAGGUAACUGAAUGGCUUUGUCCUGCAAACAGAUGUCUGGCUUUCCUUUGUGUCCAUAUUUGUCACAGUCGACAGGCCAGAAUUUUGAAUAUUUUUGAAAUAGGAUGACCCAUGCUGCAAAAUGUUGAGUGAAUAAUCCAUAGCAGUUGCAUAAAAUACUCCUAGAUUUACUUUCUUAAAAACUAUACUUAUAUUUUAAAAGCCAAGGUGUAAAACACUGUCUGCAACGAAUCUUACUGGCGUGAAGCCAUUUGGCUCCACUAAGGCUAAGACUGUCUUCUCAUGUUUUUGCACCUGAUGUUUCCAAAUAGUUUUGAAAAGUACAACAUGUGUGGGAUACCAACCAAAAUGAAAAUUAUGGGAUCAACCAGGAAAAUCUUUUUAAUGCACUUUUUUUUGGCCUGAUUUAAAUUUGUAGGAAUAGUUGAUAUGUCCUGUCUGGGAAAUGACCAACAGAUACUGAUAAUCUAUACCUAGAGUUUUGAAAUGUUUCUGGCCAUUUUAGGGUUGUUUAGGUUAACUUUUAUUUCAGUAUGUUAAAUACAUUCCACUUGUUUGCUUCUGAGUUCUUACAUCUCCUGUUUUAUCACACGAAUAUGUGUAGUCAGUAACCCUUUUUAUUCAAUACCCUUGGGUACUGAAUGUGGAAAGGGAUGACCAAGAAGGUGUGUGGGGGGGGGGGGGGGGGUGUCACGUUGUUCCAUAAUUGCUAUUGUAAAUAUUUUCCACUCGUACAGCUGGCAUGAUCGAUGAGGCUUAUCUGUCUCUGGAGAGGGAACCCUAUAUAUGUAUACAUUCCCUUCCACAGACACCCUUCAAAAUGGUGCCAGUGUUGUCUAGGGUGUCUAGGGUGUGUCUCAAGUAUGCAUCAUAUCUAAGGGACAGAGCUGGCUUCUGUUAUCUUAAUAGCUUCAUGUAUUUGGUAUUCAUGGGUUUCAGAGAACUAGUGAUUGCAGUCAGCUGCACAGCAAGUCUCAAAUAGCUCAAUAGUAAUGGGGUCGGACUUCUGCCAGUUUUCUGCUGUGUAAUCUCUAUCAUAUAGUUUUGCCUCGGAUUACUUGAAACAAUAAUCUAUCUAACACAAGACUGUAUAGCCAGUUUUCAGAUGAAGGAUGUUCAUGGUGAUGUAUAAGUAGAAAGUGAAAUGGUUGUUAACAAGCAAAGGGGUUCGCUCUUAAAAAUUGUUUCUGCUUUUAGUACACUGCACUGAAACUCAAAGCACAGCCCUUGUAACACGUCAGCAGUUGUUUUUAUGAAUGGUUUUUAAUAUAAUCUUCCCACUGAGAAGGGUAUAUUCAAUUUUACUGAAAUGAAUACUGAAGGAUUUAUGGCUGCUGAAUUACUCUGCAUAGUACAUAAGCAUUUGUUUCAUUUCUUUCUGUUAUGCCAUGAACUCCACAUUUUUUCUGUACAUCUGGUUACACUAGAGGGGCUGAGUACAAUUCAGCCUGUGUCUAAUAAAACAGAUAAAGAAUAUUGUUAAGUGUGUAUGAAAUGAGCAAAUAUAAACUUCUAUUUAAUAAAAUUUGUACAGUAAUGUAAAUACUAUCAAUCUGAGUGCAUUAACAGUAGGGACACUUAGGUUUCUUUGUACUGGUAGCAAAAAUUUUGUUACUCUGAUAAAAAAUAGUGAGUUGUAAUCAGUGGAGACCAGUGGAAUAAUAUUACAGUAUUAACACGUAGCAAUGUAAGGAAAAAAUAUCAGAUCAAACGUAUGUUUGGGAUACAUUUAACCUUGAUAGGAAAGAAGAAGUUGAACUCCACAAAUGAUUAAGCCCAGGAAGUUGUUUCUACAAAAUGAAAGGGAAAGCAGUUUUCAACUGUUGAUGGGCAAACUAGAUAUUAAGAAAAACGAACCUUGCAUCUAGCUCAUUCUUGUUCUCUGUUCCUAGCAUCUUCUGUUACCAUCUGCCCCUCCACCAAAAAAAAACAAACAAAAAGCAACAACCAGUUACAAAGAAAACUGCAUCCAAGUAAAAGCAAAAUGAAUCAAAUCUAGAUCUUAUUAAAUUUGUAGCCAAAUAGCAAAGGCUUGGGCUUAAUGUUUACAUAUGCACUUGAUAAACAGUUGGAGAUCCCAUGCAGAAGACACUAAAGUUGUUUUAUCAAUAUUUGCUAUUACUGUACUCUCUGUUCUGGGUUAAAGUUACCUGUUGCACAGCCUUAUCAAAGGAGCAGUUUUAUUUUUUAUUACAUAAAAAGCCCCUCCCCCAUGUGAAUUAGAUAGUAUCCAGCUAAACUGUCUCUUUAUACAUAAAUUGCAGGUUUGGGUACUUCUAUAGACUAUAACUGACAGAACAAACUGACAUCUUUUACCAUUUGAGUGUCCCUUAGCAUAUUACUGCAUUCAUUACAGUGGGCAGCACCUAAAGAAUAAUAUGCAGAAAGAGUGGUUAACAUCAGAACAACUGGCCACAUUACUGCACUACCCUCUUAUAGUGCUGCUAUUCCACUUUUACUUCCCUGUCUGCCUCCUGUUGCAUUCUGAGGCUUGUAGUUUAGUGAAGCCUAAGAGCUCUCUGGCUGAAAAUUCUAAAUGACCCUUGCUAGACUGCAAAUCCCAGAAUGCAACAGGAGGCAGCCAGAGCAAUUAAAGUGGAAUAGCAGAGCUAUAAGUGUGUAGUGCGGUAAUCUAGUGGGUCAAAGAAUAAGGCUGCAGUAGAGGGAAUGUUACAGUGUGCACUGCAAAUGGUGUGCAUAGUACUGUUAUCUUAUUACUUGUUUUUAUUGUCUCUCUCCCUUUUCUUUUGAAGAUUUAUACUUUAACCAUUAGUAAUUUUCUAUAGACAACAUUAGAAAAAAGGUAUAUCUGAACCAUCAAAUACUGCUUGUAAAACAUUCUGAUUUUAAUGUAUUACUUCUGUCUUUGUUAGUAGUACUUGCACUACAGUACUGUACAGGGUUCAAACUGACGUCAUUUAUUCAGGAUUGAUUCACACUGUGUGUUUCCUAAUUUCUGCAUAUCAUUUGCAAGCAUUUUAUUCUAUUAGUAAGAGACAGAAUCUCCGUGUUGCAGUUUUUCAUGACUCACUUUGUAAGGAAUAUGUAAAAAUGUAUGUACAUGUAGAAGACUUCUUAAGUAAAGCUUUUCUCAUUUUGUUAUGCUUAAAAGCAGAGUUUAAAGCAUGCCAGACCUGAAGAAAUGUAAGUAAAUGCUGCUUAGGAAUAAAUAUUAAAAAAAAAUUUUUGCAGCUAA